AAUGUCAUUCCUAGGGUUGGCUCGACAGGGGAAAGGAAGAGAGAGAUUUUGGAUCGGAGAUGCGCCUUUGCCAGCCGUGCGCCGAGCUCCUCCGCCGCCGUCACCCCCUCGCCGCCCAAGCGCUCCUCGUAUGAGGAUCGAGCGGUGUUCCGGUAGUAGAUUCGCCCAAAUAAGCAGCUCCUUUGGGAGCUGCAAUCCGGAACCGGAUCAGCUCCGGCAGUCCGCAAUCAAGCGGCUCCUUUGGGAGCCGCAGUUCGCAAUCAAAGCGGCUCGUUUAAAACGAUCUGCAGUCCGACUUCAACCCGCUUUCGGUUUAGAUUUUAGAAGGAGUUCAAAUCCUUCCCGGUUUCGAUCUCCGACUUGGCGCCGACCGCCGCUAUAAAUAUCCAAGAGUCGACUCCAGCCAAGGACACCAGGGAUUCCUAGGAUAUCAGUUUUCACGAGCCAUCAAGUACUAGAUUUCUGCCUCGCAGAUCAACGCGGGAGCCAUCGGGUCAUCAAAUUUUGAAGGAGAGCAGCAACUUACAAGACAUCAGAAGACCUCUCUGGCAAUGGUGAACCCUCAUCUCUGGCGACCGACUGCCAGAUCAAUGGGUAAAUCUUCCGUCAAGGGCCUCACCAGAUAUAACCGAUGGUCCUCUCUAGCCAUGCUGGAAGAAGAUGAAGGUGAUCGAUAUGAUUGGCUAAGCAAUUUGCCUGAUGACGUAUUGCUCAAUAUUGUAGAGCGACUUGAUACCACAGACGCCGUUCGAACCAGCAUCCUCUCAACGCGGUGGAAGCAGAUCGCUGCUAUGCUCUCCAAAAUUAAUUUGUCGGUUGGCUCCUUUGACACAGAGCAUGUCAGGUCAGAGUUGACUUGUGAUGUAGUUCAGGCCAACCAAAGCAUGCUUGAAGCAACAAGGACCAUGCUAGAAAGCAGGACAAAUCAGUACACUAUUCAUCUCCUGCGCAUGCAAUUUUUCUUGGCAGAUGGAUCUGUUAACAUUGGCCAGACUGUUGCUAACACCAUAGCAACGAAAAAGGUUGGAUCUGUCGAGUUAACUCUUCUGACAGAGAAGGACGGUAGCAUAUGCACCCAUGAUGAUUUGGUCACUCACGGGAGGCAGCUCAGUUCAUUUGUUGAUGCUUGUCCAAACACAUUCAGUGGUCUUGCACGACUCAAGCUGGAGAACAUGAGGCUAGGAGAACCAGAUUUCUCUAAAAUUUUCAGUAUAUCCAAGCGAUUGGAAUUCCUCUGCUUGUUCAACUGUGACAUAGGGUAUCUAUCUUUUCUGGAAGUGGAACAUCCACAACUCCGUGAACUUGAGAUUCUCAAGUGUGAUUUUGAGAUGGUUGAUCUGAAGUGGCUACCAAAGCUCACAACGUUGACUUUUACUUGUUGGGAGUCUAAGCAUUAUCCUCUUUCUUUCGGUUUUGUUCCACUCCUCCAGACUGCGAACAUCAGUAAUACGGCUCUUUCGUCGCACAAGAUGCUCAAGUUGAGUGAAUUUCUUGGCAAAGUUACCCUAAGGGAACUGCAUUUGAACUUUGAAAGCGAGAAGAUUUGGGUUCAACCUGAAGGUCCAAAAGAAUUAUGGCAGGUGUUCCACAAAUUAAGGAUUGUAAAGUUGUCUGGCAUUUCAGAAGAAUGUCAUCUAGGCUGGACAAUGUUUGUUCUCCAAGGUGCACCUUCCCUUCAGGAGCUACACAUCGAGGUGUGGGACCAUCUAUGUGAAAUGGUAGAGGAUGAGGGACAUAGGAAGACGCUCGCCUAUAGCAAGUUGAAGAAGGAUGCUUACGUAGAGUGGGAAGCACCUCCAUCUUGUUUCAAGCAUCACAAUCUAUCUGUUUUGAGGGUCUAUGGGUUUCAAUCAGACGACAAGUUUGUGAAUUAUAUCCUGGGUGUCAUGGAAGUGACGGUGGGUCUUGAGGACAUAUACUUGUACGAGAAGCCGGGGUGUGAGAUGUGUAAGCACAAGAUGAAAAAGGACGGAUACCCAAGGACAGACGAGCUGAGGAUUAUGCUUAGGAACAUAUUCAACAGGGAGACCUGCUCCCUUGCGAGGGUUCACUUCCCGAGCGCAAGAAUGUGAAGCAUUGUCGCAAGUAUUUGUGUCAGCUGUGUAGCUCUUGCUUUAUUAAGAGUUUAUGCUUGGCAAUCGAACUGUAUUAGUAGUAAUUAAGUAGUGCUAUGGUACUAUUGGAAGAACGUUGUGUUUGCUGAAGUUGUUUAUUUUGUUGCGACUGUUUGGCUAAGUUGAAUUAGUGUAUAAUCUAUAUUCCUCUCUUGCAUCAAGAGAUGCGGUUUUGUGUA